GUGAAACUCUCAAGAUGCCGUGUAUCGUUCCCCAAGAGGGAAUUCAUACUUCACAAAACCGUCCGACAAGAUGUUAUUGAACGCAAAGUGGAAGAUUCGCCAGGACCGAUAUACUCAGUGAAUGCAACUGGAUUAUGGCUGUCGGAACAGAAUACGCAAAAGAUGCUACGAACACGGUCUCUAUGCCAGAAGCAAAUGCAGUACGACCGCACAAGCGUUUGAACAGCAAAUUUACGGACGCCGAGAUCUGACGAGAAUGAGCACAAACCUCAGUCCAACAAGCACGCCAGACUCAAUCGCAAAUAGGAACGCAAGUAUAUCAGCAUUUCGUCGUAUUAUAAGCGAACAGCAAAUUUGUAGCAAGACGCACGAAACAGGUUUUACGCAAACAUCUACCGAGGGACGAUUACGCCUAAAGACACCACGAUGCGCCAAGGUCUGCUUGAAGCGACCCUUCCUUCUGCAUGAAUUCGAACCAUGUGCAUUUUGGCCUCAUGGUCGCAACGGUCCAGCAAUGCAGCCAGCCCACAGCUUGAACGCGUGCCUUCUGAUAUGUUCAAUUGACUACAGCAAAGACGAUUGCCGUGAAAACACGUCGGUCAGCUGGAAACUGCACGAACGAAUUAGCGGAGUCAUAUGGUCGCACUGGCGAUGGAAUAGUUGUGCAAGCGGGGGAGUGUUGAGCGGGCGUCAAGGCGCUGUAUACUGUCAAGACCGACGGCGUCAAGCGCAUCCAAAUCCGAGAGCAAGACGUUGUCAUCCUGGCUGUCUCCACCACCAAGGAUACUGACCUUCUAUGUUCCUUAAGUGACUUCUUGCGCUUCGCCUCAACCUCCAAGUCGCUUCAGUUGAUUGCUCGUACGGCCUGUAGAGGAGCGGAGCCAGCCACAAGGCGUCCCGGUUUUCGCUAUUAUCACAGCCUGCGUUUGUGAUUUGAAUGCUUGGUGGCCGUAGCAAUCAGCAGAUGAA